AUGCGCCCCGGCACGGCGCGCGGGCCGCCGGUGCUCCUGCUGCCGCUCCUGCUGGUGCUCCUGGCGGCGGCGCCCGCGGCCAGCAAGGGCUGCGUCUGUAAAGACAAAGGCCGGUGCUUCUGCGAUGGGGCCGAAGGAGAAAAGGGGGAGAGAGGUUUUCCUGGACCCCCUGGUUCUCCUGGCCAGAAAGGAUUCCCAGGUCCUGAAGGCUUCCCUGGACCACAGGGACCCAAGGGCUCUCCGGGACUUCCAGGACUCACUGGUUCCAAAGGCGUAAGGGGAGUAACUGGAUUACCAGGAUUUUCUGGUCCUCCUGGACUUCCAGGCACUCCGGGCCAUGCUGGGCCUUAUGGACUUGCCGGGUUGCCAGGAUGCAAUGGUUCUAAGGGUGAGCAAGGGUUUCCAGGACUUCCAGGGACACGAGGCUACCCAGGGAUCCCGGGUGCUGCUGGUUUGAAAGGACAAAAGGGCACCCCUGCUAAAGGAGAAGAAAUGGAACUUAAUGCAAAAGGUGACCCCGGGUUGCCAGGGACACCAGGAUCCCAGGGUUUGCCAGGCCCUCGAGGUUUUCCUGGGCCUGUCGGCCCACCUGGCCCCCCAGGAUUCGCUGGCUUUCCAGGAGCCAUGGGACCUACAGGACCUAAGGGUCACAUGGGUGACAACAUGAUAGGACAGAAAGGAGAGCGGGGUGUGAAAGGAUUAACGGGACCCCCUGGACCGCCAGGAACAGUUAUUGUGACCUUUACUGGCCCAGAAAACAGAACGGACCUCAAGGGGGAGAAGGGAGACAAAGGCGCGAUGGGCAAACCUGGACAUCCUGGACCCACAGGACCGCCUGGAGAAUCGUACAGAUCUGAAAAGGGUGCUCCCGGAGAACCUGGCCCACAGGGAAAACCUGGAAAAGAUGGUGCCCCUGGCUUCCCUGGCAGUGAGGGAGCCAAGGGCAGCAGGGGCUUCCCUGGACUAGCCGGUGAAGACGGCAUUAAGGGAUGGAAAGGGGACAUUGGCCCUCCAGGAUUUCGUGGUCCAACAGAAUAUUAUGAUGCAUACCAGGAAAAGGGAGAUAAAGGAAUUCCAGGCCCACCAGGGCCCAGAGGAGCUCGAGGUCCACAGGGUCCUAGUGGUCCCCCUGGAGUUCCUGGAAGUCCUGGUGACAUCAUUUUUCUCAGGGGUCCACCUGGACACCAGGGACUACCAGGCUACCUAGGGGCUCCAGGAAUCCCAGGAGUUGAUGGGCCCAAAGGAGAACCGGGCCUCCCGUGCACGCAGUGCCCUGCUAUCCCGGGGCCUCCUGGCCUCCCAGGACUGCCAGGCCUACAUGGUGUAAAAGGAAUCCCAGGAGGGCAAGGUGCAGCUGGUGUGAAAGGAAGCCGGGGGUCCCCAGGAAGUGCAGGUCUUCCAGGAUUUCCAGGUUUCCCAGGUACUCGGGGUGAUCCAGGACUUAAAGGAGAAAAAGGGGAAACACCUCGGCCUGAGGGACAAGUGGGUGCCCCAGGGGAACCGGGGCUCAGAGGGCAACCCGGGAGAACGGGCUUGGACGGAAUUCCUGGAACUCCGGGAGUGAAAGGAUUACCAGGACCUAAAGGCGAACCGGCUCCACGCGGUGAGAAGAAAGACCAGGGUCCUCCAGGGUAUCCUGGCUCCCCUGGGUCCCCAGGAUCUGCAGGACCAGCUGGACCAGCUGGACCACCUGGCUACGGACCCCAGGGAGAGCCUGGUCCAAAGGGCACCCAAGGAGUUCCUGGAGCCCCUGGACCACCAGGAGAAGCCGGUCCUAGGGGAGAAUUCACUGUAUCAACACCAGUUCCAGGCCCCCCAGGACCUCCAGGGCCCCCUGGCCAUGCCGGCUCCCAAGGUCCACCCGGUAUCCCUGGAUCCAUGGGAAAGUGUGGUGAUCCUGGUCUUCCCGGGCCUGACGGUGAACCAGGAAUUUCAGGAAUUGGAUUUCCUGGGCCUCCUGGACCUAAGGGAGACCGAGGUUUUCCAGGAACAAAAGGAUCACUGGGUUGUCCUGGAAAAAUGGGAGAGCCCGGGUUGCCUGGAGAGCCAGGACCCCCAGGACCCAAGGGAGAACCAGCACUAGCCAUGCCUGGAGAACCAGGAACACCAGGUUUUCCAGGAGAAAGAGGCAAUUCUGGGGAAAAUGGAGAAAUUGGACUCCCUGGACUUCCAGGUCUCCCUGGAACUCCAGGAAAUGAAGGGCUUGAUGGACCACGAGGAGAUCCAGGGCAGCCUGGACCACCUGGAGAAAAAGGACACCCAGGAAGGUGCAUAGACGGUCCCAGGGGAGCUCCAGGACUUCCAGGAUUAAAUGGAUUGAAAGGGCAAGAAGGCAGGAGAGGUGAAACAGGGCCAAAGGGAGACCCAGGGAUUCCAGGCUUGGAUAGGUCAGGAUUUCCUGGAGCACCCGGACCACCAGGAAUGCCGGGUCAGCGAGGCGAGAUGGGACCACCUGGUCAAAAAGGAUAUCCAGGAAAUCCAGGAUUUGUAGGGCCACCAGGUGAAAAUGGAGUGGUCGGGAUGAUGGGCUAUCCUGGAGCCACUGGCCCACCGGGGCCACCUGGGAAUCCGGGCAUCCCAGGGCACAGGGGUAGCCCUGGAAUUCCAGGAGUAAAGGGCAACAGAGGACACCCAGGAGCAAAAGGGGACCCAGGAGAUAAAGGGAAUCCGGGGCCUUCUCAGAUAACCCAUUUAAAGGGGGACAAAGGAGAACCAGGUCUAAAAGGAUUUUCAGGAAAUCCAGGUGAGAAAGGAAACAGAGGCAUUCCAGGAUUGCCAGGUUUAAAAGGCCUCAAAGGACUACAUGGGCCACCAGGACCACCAGGCCCCAGAGGAGAUCUGGGCAGUAUUGGGAGUCCUGGAGAACCAGGACCACGUGGCGUGCCAGGAAACGUGGGGAACAUGGGUGUACCAGGUUCUAAAGGAAAAAGGGGAACUUUGGGAUUCCCAGGACAAGCUGGAAGACCAGGCCUCCCAGGUAUUCAUGGUCUCCAAGGAGAUAAGGGAGAGCCAGGUUAUUCAGAAGGUACAAGGCCAGGACCACGAGGACCAACGGGGGAUCCAGGAUUGCCAGGUGACAUGGGAAAGAAAGGAGAAAGAGGGCCACCUGGGCCACCUGGACAUUUGGGGCCUGCUGGACCUGAGGGAUCCCCUGGAAGUCCCGGAAGUCCUGGCCACCCAGGAAGGCCAGGUCUUGAUGGUGAUUUGGGUAAUAAAGGAAUCAAAGGCUUCCCAGGCCUUCCAGGAAUACAAGGCCUCCCAGGCCUUCCAGGAUUCCCCGGAUCUCCUGGACCAGUGGGUAUGAGAGGUAACCAAGGACACGAUGGAAUUCCUGGUCCACCUGGAGAAAAGGGGGAAACAGGUUUACUGGGGGCAUACCCAGGCCCAAGAGGGAACCCUGGUGCUCGAGGAGCCAAAGGAGACAGAGGAGUCCCAGGCUUGCCCGGCCCCCCGGGCAGGAAAGGGGCAGUGGGCGAUGUGGGGCCUCCAGGGCCCAUUGGCAUCAAAGGACUCCCAGGGCCGCCAGGUUUUCCUGGUGCCAUCAUCCCUGGCCAAAAAGGAAAUCGAGGUCCACCAGGCUCAAGAGGAAACCCAGGUGAGCCAGGUCCUCCUGGACCUCCGGGGAGUCAUGUAAAAGGCAUAAAAGGAGAAAAGGGAUUUAUGGGCCAGCCUGGCCGAAAAGGUCUACCUGGAACUGAAGGAGACAGAGGGCCACCAGGUCAUUUAGGAAUCCCACCUAAAAUUCCACUUGGGCCAUCCGGCCACCCUGCCUUCUCUGGGAUCACAGGUGUGAAAGGAGAGAAGGGUAAUCCAGGAUUUCCAGGAGCAACUGGGCCUCCAGGGCCAGUUGGACCAGAAGGACCACCUGGUGUACGUGGAGACCCUGGCACACUUACGAUCAUCUCCCUUCCAGGAAGUCCAGGGCCACCUGGCCCACCUGGAGAACCAGGGAUGCAAGGAGAACCUGGGCCACCAGGGCCACCUGGAAACCUAGGACCUUGUGGACCAAGAGGUAAACCAGGCAAGGAUGGAAAACCAGGAACUCCUGGACCAGUUGGAGAAAAAGGCAACAAAGGUUCUAAAGGAGAGCAAGGACCACCUGGAUUAGAUGGAUUACCAGGUUUGAAAGGAAAACCUGGAGACAUUGGAUCACCUGCAACCAGAACAACAACGAGAGGCUUUGUCUUCACCCGACAUAGUCAAACAACAGUGAUUCCUUCAUGUCCAGAAGGGACGGAGCCACUGUACAGUGGGUUUUCCCUUCUUUUUAUACAAGGAAAUGAAAGAGCCCACGGACAAGACCUUGGAACUCUUGGCAGCUGCCUGCAGCGAUUUACCACAAUGCCAUUCUUAUUCUGUAACAUCAACAAUGUAUGUAGCUUCGCAUCUCGAAAUGAUUAUUCAUACUGGCUGUCAACACCAGCUCUGAUGCCAAUGGACAUGGCUCCGAUUACCGGCAGGGCCCUGGAGCCUUAUAUUAGCAGAUGCACUGUCUGCGAAGGUCCUGCGAUUGCCAUAGCCGUUCACAGCCAAACCACUGAUAUUCCCCCAUGUCCCCAAGGCUGGAUUUCUCUCUGGCAAGGAUUUUCUUUCAUCAUGUUCACAAGCGCAGGUUCUGAGGGCGCUGGGCAAGCACUGUCAUCCCCUGGCUCCUGCUUAGAAGAAUUCCGAGCCAGUCCAUUUCUAGAAUGUCAUGGAAGAGGAACAUGCAACUACUAUUCAAAUUCCUACAGUUUCUGGCUGGCUUCAUUAAACCCAGAAAGAAUGUUCAGAAAGCCUAUUCCAUCAACUGUGAAAGCUGGGGAAUUAGAAAAAAUAAUAAGUCGCUGUCGGGUGUGCAUGAAGAAAAGACAUUGAAGAAAUCCAAGAAAACCGUACUAUUUUUCAUCCUAAAAGAACAAAGUAAUGACUCGGGACAUGCUUUUAUUUAGAUAUUUUUCUCUAACCAAACAACAUUGCUCUAUGAUGGCUUAGUACAAAUUUUCAAUCUGUUUCCCCACACAACAAAGCAUUUCUUUUAAGUUAGCUCUGUGAUCUUGGUCUCUAAAUCUGUGCUAUUUCAAAGUUCCCUGUAGCAAGGCAGCAACUUUUCACAAAAUAUUAUUGAAAGCGUAUUCCACUUGUAUCCAAUGCACUAUCAAAAUGGUGACCAUGUAAAGUUUGAAUGCUACAAGUUAAGAAAUACUUGGUUCACUGGAUUCCCAACAUUUGUCCUCUUCUCUUCCAGUCUUUGAGACUCAGGGAGACUAAAUCAGUCUUAGAUUGCCCAGCCACCCCUUCCUGAAACAUUCGACCCUGGGUAGAGAAGGAAAUGGGGGCGUGUGGAAUACUGAGGCAUCAUGAAUAGAACUGGACUUUCAUACCUGUUGAGUAACCUAAGGCCUGAGGGAACACAGAACUGAACUGAGGUUCACGGAUUUUCCAGGACUCUUUCAAACAUACCCAAGGCUAAAGGCAAAAGAGGGGUCCCUGAAUGGAACCAUCAUAGCCUUGGAAAUACUAUAUGGUUUUGUUUUGUAUUUUUUAAAGAAAUUUU